AUGUUCACAAGUGUUGACGUCAGUUGGCCUGGAUCAGUGCAUGACUCCAGAAUAUGGAGAAAUUCACAGACUAGAUCACAACUGAUAAAUAAAGCAAAUGUUGUACUACUUGGCGAUGACGGUUAUGGUAUUGAGCCAUGCCUUAUGACUCCCUUCAGAAAUCCUACUCCAGGUGCAGAAAUAAAUUAUAAUAAGCUUUUAAAACAAAAAAGAGUUAUAGUUGAACGUUGUUUCGGCCAUCUGAAACGCCGGUUUCCUAUCCUACAGUAUGUUUGCCGCGUAAAGUUGGAAAAUGUGCAGAAAAUAAUUUUUGCUUGUAUUGUACUUCAUAAUGUUGCGAAGAGCUUGGGCGGUCCUGACUUUGAGCUAGUUGAACAAGACCCAGAUGAAGAUGAAGGAAAUCAUGAGAAGUAG